GUGAAUAGGAAAGAGGGAAAUCAGUGGAUCGUGAGGAAGGUGGAAUAGGUGGGGAGAGCAGAAUAAAGAGAGAGAGGUGAAGAAGGUCAUACAAAAGCCAGCUUGAACAAGUGAGUCUUCAGCUGCUUUUUAAAGGAGACCACUGAGUCCACUGAUCUCAGGCUCAGGGGGAGAGAGUUCCAGAGUCUGGGGGCCACAGCAGCAAAUGAUCUGUCACCUUUGGUCUUUAGCCUGGUGCUGCACAACCAGUAGGCUUUGAUCACUGGACCUCAGGAACCUGCUGGGGGUGUAGGGACUAAGAAGAUCACCGAUGUAAGAUGGUGCUUGUCCAUGUAAGGCCCUAUAGACCAGAACCAGGAUCUUGAAACAUGCAGUGUAUUCUAAGUUAUAAACAUGGUGUAAUUUAAAAAUAUGCAUUUGAAAAACUUGAUUGUAGUUCAAAAGGAGCAUCAUUCCUGUCCUAUUUUAUUAUCAUUGCUAUCUUUCUGUUUGAUGAUGUGCUGAACAAACGUGGUUCCACUUUUACAAUCUUUGCAGCCAUAAUAAAGUAUAAACGAACUGAACCGAUCUUUUCUUUUCACCGUUUUUAGACGUUUCUGGUCUUUGUGUUGGAUGAGAAAAUGUAGCAGCCUGUUUGUCUUAAACAUUGAAAUAUCCCUGAAAUAAGCAGUUCUCGUAAGCUUUUGGCCCUUUGGGCAAGCCAGGUUUAGGUGUGUUCAUGCAGCAGCAUCCUGGUCACUAAAUUAGACAGUUUUCACCAAAAUAACAGCCGAGCUGCCAAAGAGCUGCAGAGCUGAGCCACGCUCGCCCCUCUGAGGUCAGCAGUUUGGUGGUUCUUGGACUUCUGUUGGGACUCGGGUGGCUGCUGUCACCAGACUUUCCCAGGAUGACAAAAUGGCCUUGAAUGGUUCAGCUGUCACCAGGGGUGAAGGGGAGGGAGUUGGCUCUGUCCAGCCAGCCAAAACAUCCAACAUUCAGCCGGCCGCAGCUGCUAACGGUGCCCGUUCUGUCAAAAGAGGAUGGAGUUAAAAAUAGAGCUCUACUGUUCUGGGAGUCUAAUCAGCAAGACAAGAGAGGAGUUAAGGAAUCUGGCUCUUCAACACUUCUGCAACGGUCCUUCUAAGAGGCAGAACUGCCUGAUCCUCUCCCCUUUUAUAUUUUCACACACCCAUCAGCUGGCUCCAUGACGGGACGGGGAGGAACGUAACCGGGCAGGCUGUGGGAGUGACAGAGGGAAGGAGGGACGUUGCAGAGCUAUGCUGUUGCUCUCUGCCAUUCCCUUCAUGACCUGAAGACCUGAAACAAGAGAGAGAAACAGACACCAGAGCUUCAGAUGGAUUCCGGCAUCAACUUUUGAGAAUCAAGAGGAUAAAAGUAGACAAAUAUCUUUGUUUUUAAGACUUUUACAGGAUAACUUGAUUGUUUAAAUCUGAAAUCUGUGGAUACUGAAGCAGAAGUUCCCAUAAGAUGAGGGCUAAAGGCAGCGGCGUGGAGAGCCCAGCUGACGGGGUUCUCGUGGUUCCACCGGGCGACCGCGACAUAAACCAAGAUCAGGACGUGGGUCUGUCGGUGAAGAGCCUGAAGAGCAAAGUUCAGCUGAAGGAAGGUGAGGAAGAGGAGGAGGUGAUCUCUGAUAAGGAGAAGCUGCUGUUAGAUUCCACAGAGGCUGGAGAUAAACGCGGGAACAUCAUGGACCUGUCCAAAGAGGACCUGCUGAAACUGCUGGGAAUCAUGGAAGGAGAGGUUCAGGCCAGAGAAGAUGUAAUCUGCAUGUUGAAGACCCAGCAGACUCCUCCAGAAGUCUUUGAGUCCCAGUAUGGCUGUGUGGCCCCUGGUUCGGCCCUCAAAGCUCUGCAGAGGGACAGCUUCAUCACCGGCGCUCAGCGGAGCAACAAAAGCGUUUACCAAUCACCUAUGAUUGAGCUGAAGCAUCUGCAGGAGAAGCACGCGGAGACGUACCGGCGGAUGCUGGGACAGCUGCUGCUCUCUGAAAAGUGCCACCGCCACACGGUCCUCGAGCUGGAGACGGAGAAACGCAAACACGCCGACUACAUGAACAAAAGCGACGACUUCACCAACCUCCUGGAGCAGGAGAGGGAAAGACUGAAGAGGUUGCUUGAGAACGAGAAAGCCUACCAAGUACGAAAGGAGAAGGAGCACUCGACACGUCUGGCCAAGGUGCGAGAGGAGCUGGUCAAACUCAAGUCUUUUGCCUUGAUGUUGGUCACCGAGCGCCAGCAGCAUCUGGAGCAAAUGGAUCAGCAGAGUCACCGUGUCCAAGAGCUCAGCGUCCAGCUCCAGCAGCAGGACCAGGCCCUGAAUGAAGCCAGAGAGCAUGCUCAGGAAGAAGGUCAAAGGGUGCAGAGUCUGCAGACCGAGCUUAAGGAGAAAUCCAGUAAGCUCUCCCAGCAACAUGAAGAGAUGAGCACCAAACUGUCCACUCAGGAGCUUCAAAACCGCCAACUCAGUGCCAACAUUUUGGAGCUCACACACAAAGUGGAGGAACUAGAGGAGAGCAAUGGGGCCUUGAGAAAAUCUGAGGAGGAAAUUCAGGAAUUAAGAGAAAAGAUCAGCAACGGGGACUGUGGUAGCUCUAACUUGAUUGCAGAACUGGAGAACCUGAGGAAGCGAGUGCUUGAGAUGGAAGGAAAGGAUGAAGAGAUUUCCAAGACAGAGAAUCAAUGUAGGGAGCUAAGGAAGAGGCUGGAAGAGGAGAACGUCAAGAGCAAAGCCCUCAGGCUGGAAGUAGAAAGGCUCCAGAAAAGAAUGACGGAGAUGGAGACAGUCGAGGAAGCGUUCAGCGUUAGCAAAGCCGAGUGUGCACAGUUACACACCGCCCUGGAAAGAGAGAAGAUCCUGACCAAAGAGCUUUCUGAUGAAGUAAUAGAUCUCAAGAUCCGUAUGAAAGAGCUUGAGUCUUCAGAACUCAAAUUGGAAAAGUCUGAGUUAAGCCUCAAAGAUGACCUGAGGAAGCUCAAGUCAUUGACAGUUGCUUUGAUGGAUGAGAGAAAGACGCUGAUAGAAACCGUCAAGUCUGAUGAAAAGAAAGUAGAAGACUUGAGCAAGACGGUCAAACUUGAGCAGGCCAGGGUCAUGGAGGUGACUGAAAAACUGAUAGAAGAAAGCAAAAAGCUCCUAAAACUAAAAUCCGAAAUGGAAACCAAAGUGGAGACAUUAACUGUGGAGAAAGGGGAGCUCAGCACUAAGCUAGCUUACGAAACGGACAAAACGGAAGAUCUUAACUUCAGGAUCAGCCAAAUGAAAAAGAAGUUGGAUGGGUUUGAGCAGGCAGAUAACCUACCUGUGAGGAAUUCAGUGCUCAGCGAUUUGGGUAGAAUGCCCGAUCCCAACAGGAAAGAGGACAACAAAGUCAAAGAGCUGUCGUUUGAAAUAGAGCGCCUGAAAAACCGCCUGAAACAACUGGAAGUAGUGGAGGGAGACUUGAUGAAGACGGAGGACCAGUACGACGUGCUGGAAAAGAAGUUCAUGACUGAACAGGAGAAAGCUAGUGUUCUCUCCCAGCAGGUGGAGGAAAUGAAGAGUCAGAUUGCACGAAACAAAGCCAUCGAGAAAGGAGAGGAGGAAAGCCGGGAGGAAGAUCUUCGACAGCAAUGCAAGAGAGAGGAGAACAGAACCAGGGAGCUGCAAGCGGACGUCCUAGCCCUCAAGGAGAAGAUUCAUGAGCUAAUGCACAAAGAAGACCAACUUUCUCAGCUCCAAGUGGACUACUCUAUCCUGCAGCAGAGAUUCUUGGAAGAAGAAGAGAAGGCCAAGAACAUGGGCACUGAAGUUUUCCAUCUCGGCAAAGAGCUAGAGAUAGCAAAGCGUCAAAGUCGAGCGUUACGGCCUAGCCUAAACGGCAGGAGAAUGGUGGACGCAGCUGUCACAUCCACUGCAGUACAGACGGAGCCGUCAUCCACUGAACUGACAGAGGAGGAAACACCAGCCGUGUUCAUCAGGAAGUCUGUUCAAGAGGAGAAUCACAUCAUGAACAAUUUCCGACAGAAAUGUCUGAAGAAGCCGGCUGAAAAAAGCAGUCCUGUUUCUUCGUCUAGCAGCGACUUGGGUAUCAAGAAAUCCUGGAUUCCCUGGAUGAGGAAAAAGGAUGCGGCUCCUCCAGAAACCAGUCUAGAAAAGCCUCUGCACAUCAACGGGGGACAUUUGCCCUCUAAACCAACCAUGCCUCAAAACCAAGGGCCGCCUUUACACAUCCGGGAUGCACCAGAUCAUCAAAACAAUGUAGCUACUCUUGACAUCAGUAGUCCAACUUCUGAGGAUGCUUUCUCGAGCUCUGCUCCCCUCAGCCCCAACCCAUCUCAACCUAAAUCCAGAAUCACCAUCAUUCCCACUUGUUCUGUCCCAACCACCAAAAGAAGAACUCCUACUGGACCCCAGGUUCUUCAAAGAGCCAAGUCUCCAGUCACCAUCACAACAAUAUCCAGAGCCAAGUCUCCAGACAACAGCCGGCCUUUGUCCUCUUCCUCAGGAAGGCCGCUUUCCCCAGUUUCUAUCGUGACAAUGAGUAAUGCUGUAGUACCUGAAGGGUCUUCCUCCAGAGAGCCCCAGGAGUUGACCAUGGGCCGGGCUGUGUUCAGGGUUACCCCUGAGAAACAGAUGGUUCCAGUGCCUGUUCGAAAGGGCCAAAGCAAUGGUAGUAUCAUCACCACCACGGACGAUAACAAAAUCCACAUUCACCUCGGCAACAGCGUCGCCUCAAAGAUGGUGGUCCGACCGGUCGCUAAUGCAACCGAAGGCAAAGAACUGACCCUAUCAACUGGGACGGUUUUACGUUCACCCCGUCAAGUAACUACCACCACGACCAGGAGCAUGCAGACAAAAGUGUCAAGUAGUAUUACAAUAUCUACAGUGACGUCUACGACUUCGAGAUCCCCCCAAAGUUUGAUUGGACACGAUUCCCAGCCAACUCGUACAGGAGUUACCCGCAUUCCAAUGUCCAAGAGCCUGAAGACAGGGAAAGCUGCUUCCCCUGGAAUUUCAAGUGGAGUGAAGCUGGAGUCUCGGACGGAAAGUCAGUCCGUGCGGAUCGAGGUUAAGAAAUCCACUGUGAACAGCAACACUUAAAAAACGCAGGCAGAGUUUGAAAUAACAGCAGCCAAACUACAGCAGCUCAGUAAAAUCGUACAUGAUGAUGGUUGGAAUGAGAACUAGCUUUUGAUUCUAUGCAUAGAAACAUCGUUUUUGCUUGUUUGUCUCGUGUGAUUCUUCCUUUUGGACGGAAACAGGAUGGAAAUAAUUUUCAGCACUUGGGUUAAAUAUUAUAUCUGACAGCGAACUGAUUAACCUUUACUUGCUUUAACUGCUGGUUGUCACACAUAAAAAUUUAAAAUGUUUUGUAAGGACUCUUCAUAACAAGGAAAUACUAUUAUGCAUAAAUUAUGUGUUUGUUUGAACUUUUGUGGGUUUGCUGUAAAUAAUUUUUACUGAGAAGUAUUUUAAAUAAAUGUUGGAUCAGAA